AUGCUGGCUUUGUCUCUGUUUUUCUUAUUACUGAUUCGUGUUGUCAACGGAGACGAUGAAGAUGAUUUGGUAUUCGAGUUGACGAGUGAUCGUCCGCGUUUCGGUUUUCACGGGACUCGUUUAAGCCGAGUAAAGACAAUCACAAUCAGAGUGGGCAAUGAGGUGAGCUAUGAAAUUGGAUACACUCAGAAUGGAUGCAAUAAUCUUGAUACUGAAAAUGGGAACGUAAAAUGCGAUGACAAGCCACCGUUCACCAUUGUCGACGUGGCUUUGGAGUCACCAAAAACGGGUAGCCGAGUAUAUGGAGUAGUCCCAAGUGGGCGCGGAACGGUGUUCACUUGGAUUUGGCAAGUGAAUGCGAGAUCCGAGUUGAUCUUUCAAGCACCACCAUUUGGGGAUUCUUUUUCAUUGGAAUACUCGGUGACUGUUCAAAUCAACGAUGAUAACGGCGAGAUUAUUCCUUCAUUCCCGGGACUACGAAACAAUGGAGUGAAUAGCCCGUUAACAUUUUCUGUCCUAUUUCAAUACGGAACGAUUAUCGCCAAUCCAGAGACAUACGAUGAAAUCAAAAAUGGCCCACUUGUCAUGGUGAAAGCGUUACAUUCGGGAAAUGUCGAUGAUUUUUGUCCUGGGCAAUCGAUCGAAUGUCAUCCAGAUACAAUUUUUUCUUUUUAUGCCGGUCCUAUGCCGAUUCCGAUUGGACCGGAAACGUUGAAUGACGAAUUUCUUCUGACAAAAGUUCGUGGUGGUGUUCCGGUUUAUUCAAGAAAUACGGUGACAACAGUGACCACCACCAAUGGAUGCUCAUUUUGUUUAGUGUUUGAUACAAGAGCAGCGAGUGAGUUCAUGCAUUAC